AUGGGUAGAAGGAGGUACACUACCAUUCCAGUGUUGAAUAAUAAUAACAAUGUAAUUGUUACUGCGACACAAGAGAAAGUAGAAAUAUUGAAUGAAUUUUUUGCGGAAGUUUGCACCUGGCAUGGGCCGACUGUUGAUCCUAAAAUUGCAGAUAGCUUAUCAUCAUCCUCCGCUUUCCUUCAUGAGUUUAAAGUUGAAUUGCCAGGUGUUGAGAAGUUGUUACGAAGGUUAGACCUUAGUCACACGUGUGCUCCAUCAAUAACUAAUCGUAUGUUAAAAAAUAUGAUUCCUUCGAUUGUGCAACCAUUGACUAAAUUGGUGUAUGAGUCGUUUCAAACCUCUACUUUUCCUCUUCGUCGGAAAAAUGGCAUCGUUAAUCCUUUGUAUAAAAAUGGAGAUAAACUAGAAAGAUCGAACUACCGUCCUAUAACCCUUUUACAAGCCUUUUCUAAGGUACCAGAGCGUUUAGUUCACAAGCAACUGUAUACACAUUUUAUAAAAAAUAAACUCUUAUCGGUGUCUCAAUCGGGCUUUGCAGCUAAAGAUGGUCCGAUUAAUCUGUUACUUGAAGUUGUUCAUAAGAAUAACUCUGAUAUUAAGAAAGAUAAAUUUAUUCGAGCAGCUUCAUUAGAUUUUCAAAAGGCGUUCGAUAACGUAAAUCACGAGUGUUUGAUUCUGAAAUUAUAUAAAAAAGGUAUACGGGGGAAAGCUUUGAAAUGGAUUGAGGAUUAUCUUGCGAACCGUAGUAUUCAAACUGUUCUUGAUGGUCAUAUUUCCAGAAAACGGCCUGUAACUAAAGGUGUUCUUCAAGGCUCAGUUUUAUUACUUUUUCUGGUUAUUGGAUUCGAGCAGUUGGGCUAUUUGAACUUGAAAACAGAUGACAUCUGGUGUACUUGA